AUGUCUGAUUUGAACAAGGUCUCAUUGAUUGAUACAAGCGAAGAAGAGCAAGCAAGCCUUGUCCAAGCUAUCCCUGCUCCCACAGCUCCUGCUCUAAAGGAACACGAUAAUUUGCUGGACGAUGUUGUGGAAGAUGUUCAGCAACACACAACUGCUUCUACCACUACUGAGCCCGAGACAAAGCAGCAGCAAGACGAAGCCAUCAUCCUGGCUACGUCCGCCAAAGAGGAAGGCUGGGAGGAUGAUAAAAAAGAGCAUCCUCUUGCCUCUCUCUCCUUGGAAGAAUACGAAAACAAUGAUCCUUGGGCUGCUCAGCCCGAAGACAAUGCUUUAUUGCAAGCCGAUGUAGAGGAGGAGGAUGAAGAUCAUGCAGAGGCCGCUCUGGUUCAACAGCCCGUUGCUACAACCACUGUAUUUGACGCAGACAAUCGACAUGAGCCUGUCAAUGAGGAACAACUGGAUGAGGACACUUCUGCUACCAAGGGAUUCCAAAACUUUCAUGAUAGUGAUAAAAUCGAUGAUUUGAAUGUGAAGGGCCAACUUCCAGAAUGGUUGGUUGGAGAGCACUUCACUAUUGGUCCCUCCACAUUUGACAUCAAAUACACUCGCAAGAUUGAAAUUGAUGGAGAGCUUCAAAACGCUAGUGCAUUUUACACAUUUGGACAUUGGUUUGAUGCACUUCCUUUGGUGAACAGAUUUGAUUUAAAUGGCUCCAGAAAUUCAGUUACAUACAGACAUCGAUCCACCAGCCGCAGACUUGUAGAGAAGAUCAGAGAACACCACGGAUACGCACCUCAGCAUCCCAACGCACUAUACAUGUCAAACACCAACCAAACCGUGCUAUCCAAGUUCCUGGGUUCCUCCAAAGCAAACAAGCCUGAUGCUGAACCUUGUGCUGCUCGUAUCUUGGCCAAUAUUCCAGGUUUAGAAGGACGUCUGUUCGCUCAAAACUAUGCUAACCAUGUGCAAGAAUUGGAUCCCUUUGAUUUGAAACCAACUCGUUUGCUUCAAUGGAACGAAAUCAAUCCUAAAUUCAAGGGCACAAGUUCUUGUCCCAAUGGUAAAUACGAUGUCCGUACGGGAGAAUACAUCAACUUUUCAAUGGAAGUGGGCUAUCAGUCUGUAAAGUACAACUUCUUUUCCAUCUCUGACAAGAAUCCCAAGGGAUCGCUUCUUGCAUCUGUUACUGCACCCAUGGCGUAUGUGAACAACUUUUCAAUGACACCCAAAUACAUCAUCUUUGUAAUGUGCCCUAUUUUAGCCAAUGCUGGUGGUGUCAAAUACAACUGGAACGAAAGUAUCAUGGACUCGUUCUCUUUCAGACCUUCUGAACCGACCUUGUUUUAUGUCAUCUCUCGCGAAAAGGGUGAUGUCGUAGCUACUUAUCGCUCUGAUCCUUGUUUUGUGUUCAACCACAUCAAUGCCUUUGAAGAUGACCGUGAUGGCGUGUACCUGGAUAUGAUCUGCUAUCCUGAUGACACAAUUGCUCGUCAAUUGACAACGGAAUACCUGCGCAAUCCCUCCACAAUGCAGCCAUCCCGCUUAGUCGCCUCUGAAGUGAGACGCUACUUGCUUGCCAAUAUUGAGGAGGAGAAGAUUACAUACAUGGCAAACAACUCAUUGAUACCAUCCAAGACCAGCGUUACCACUCGCAUCUUUGGUCUCUUUGGCAAGAAACAAACGCCUGCCAGCAAUGAUUUGGAGUACAACAACCAAAAUCAGGACAUGAACAAAUGGUACUCUUGGAUGCCUAUCGCCUCUUAUGACAAACGUGUUCAACCAUCGAUUGAACUACCCCAAAUCAAUCCCAAAUUCAGCAUGUACAAACACACCAUCAUGUACGGUCUUGGCUUUUCGGCUGCUAGUUCGCUAAAGGAUGGUGCUAUUUGGGAUAGCAUUGUAAAGACAAACAUGGAUACCAAGCAAAUUGAGGCAUCGUGGCAUCAAGAUUUCUGUUAUCCCAGCGAAGCCGUAUUCGUACCAAGACCCUCUAUCGGUCCUGAAGACGAAGUUGGCGAAGACGAAGGUGUCUUGAUCAGUGUCGUCAUGAAUUCUGCUAAAUCCACUUCAUUUUUACUUGUUUUGGACGCUGGAUCAUUGAACGUUUUAGCUACUGCUGAUUUGGAAAGAUUGGUACCCCUCAGUUUUGCUCAUGGCUCUUAUCGACUUCGAGAAAACUAG